GCUAGGGAGGAGGCGAGGGCGUCAGUUAGGCUGCGCCGAGCGAGGAGGGAGGUGGGUCGGCCGUUGGCUGGCUGGCUGGCUGUCGCGGGCCGUGUCGGCGGCGCUGAGGGGAGCGGCAGGCGGGAGGCCCAGGCAGGCAGGCGAGGCCCAGGCCGCCCUCUCCGCCGCCAGGCCGGCCGCAGCCAUGACGCUGGAGUCCAUGAUGGCCUGUUGCCUCAGCGACGAGGUGAAGGAGUCUAAGCGCAUCAACGCCGAGAUCGAGAAGCAGCUGCGGAGGGACAAGCGCGACGCCCGCCGGGAGCUCAAGCUCCUCCUGCUCGGUACAGGGGAGAGUGGGAAGAGCACGUUCAUUAAACAGAUGAGGAUAAUCCAUGGCUCGGGCUACUCUGAGGAGGACAAAAAGGGUUUCACCAAGCUGGUGUACCAGAACAUCUUCACUGCCAUGCAGUCAAUGAUCAGGGCCAUGGAGACUUUAAAGAUCCUGUAUAAGUAUGAGCAGAACAAGGCGAAUGCACUGCUGAUCCGAGAAGUGGAUGUAGAAAAGGUUGCAACCUUUGAGCAGCCCUAUGUAAGUGCAAUUAAGACAUUGUGGAAUGACCCAGGAAUCCAGGAGUGUUAUGACCGGCGGCGGGAAUACCAGCUCUCCGACUCAGCGAAAUACUACCUUACAGACGUGGAUCGUAUUGCCACUCAAGGGUACCUCCCAACACAGCAGGAUGUAUUGCGGGUCAGAGUGCCAACAACAGGGAUCAUAGAGUACCCCUUUGAUCUAGAGAACAUUAUCUUCAGAAUGGUGGAUGUCGGGGGUCAGAGGUCAGAACGGAGGAAAUGGAUCCACUGCUUCGAAAAUGUGACCUCCAUCAUGUUCUUAGUAGCCCUUAGUGAAUAUGACCAAGUUCUGGUGGAGUCUGAUAACGAGAACCGAAUGGAGGAGAGCAAAGCCCUUUUCCGGACCAUAAUCACUUAUCCCUGGUUCCAGAAUUCGUCUGUCAUCCUCUUCCUCAAUAAGAAAGAUCUGUUGGAAGACAAGAUCAUGUACUCUCACCUCGUGGAUUAUUUUCCAGAGUUUGAUGGCCCCCAGAGAGACGCACAGGCGGCCCGGGAAUUCAUCCUCAAGAUGUUUGUGGAUCUAAACCCCGACAGCGACAAAAUUAUCUACUCUCACUUCACGUGUGCCACAGAUACGGAAAACAUCCGUUUUGUCUUUGCUGCCGUCAAGGACACCAUCUUGCAGCUCAACUUGAAGGAAUAUAACCUCGUCUGACCUUGAUUUGCCAGUCCUUCCCCUCUCUCCCACCUCCUCGGGAGACAUUUUGUCGUGAAGAAAGUAAGACGAGAGACCCCCAUGAAUUAAAAAAAUGUACAGAAAAAACAAAAUCUUAAUUUUUAAUGAUGUAAUGAUUGCAAAUUGUCUGAUCUGUGGAGUGGCAAGUUCUUUUUGCUCGCUGUUUCCUUGGGAGUCUCAUGUCUGCCCCACAGAAUAGCUGAUUUUUUAAAACAAAUUUCUUUUAUUUCACAGUUUAAAACAUCAACUGGGGACACAUUUUGCACUCUCUCUGGCACCUUGUUAAUUUCCUGCUUUCUUGCCAACAGUCAAGGCAGCUUCAUCUUGGCCUUUGUCAUGUUGUGUUAGCCAACUUACUACGCUUUCUGAUCCCGCGGUAAUGAUCUCAGGCUUUCCAGCCAAGGGUGUGUUUUUACUGGACUACGGGAUUCUGGUACCUUCAUCUUGUGCCAUAGGGUUUCUCUGGGGUAAUUUGCUCAGUAUGCCAGCUUUCCCCCCUGGGGCAUCCUUGUCCUGAAGGACUCAAGGCUUCACUGAUGACAUCCUGGGAGGAACAUGCAGUCUUUAACAAACCAUGCAAACAAAGCCAUCCGUCUCCCCCUCCACCCCAUUCUUGUAUCAUUUUAGUCUAGAUUCUUUUUUCCUUUUCAGUUAUGAAAGUUACAUGGAGACUGUGAUUUUUAAAAACUUACUCUAUUCAUAGUUUGCUACAUCUGCUAUGUUUUUGUUUGUAGAUUACAAAUCAAGCAAUAGCUAACAAGCCUGGGGGAAGUGCCUGAUUGUGUCCUUUAAUUUUUAAGGGAAAAGUAAGCUCCCUUUAGAAAGGUCUUCAUGCAGUGUGAGAUAGAAAGGCGUCCUGGGGGAUAUGAUGGUCUCUUGAGCAGUGCAGCUAGAGGAGCUUUGCUGCAGGGGUUGAUCUCGUGGGGGAGAAUCAAGGUCCCAGCCUGGUUUCCUGCUUCCUGUCCUAUCUGUCCAGCCUUCAGCAAGGAACAUCGGUGCUCUGUUGGAUGUGGAGGCUUCUUGUUGCUUCUUGUGAAUACGUUUUCAGAAGGGAUGGAGAGCUCUUUGGUUUGGAAGCGGGAGGGAGCUUGUAUCAGUGGCAGCUGCUGUUUCCUCUCUCUUCUCUCCCUCCUUCAAACUUUGGAAGACUUUGUUUUAACAGAAGUAUUUGCACAAGUAUUUAUUCCGGGGCGAUGGAGAGUGGCAUAUGUUGGGCCAAAUCCAGAUCUAAUGAAUCUGUUUUGGAACUAUGGGGAAGUCACUGAGAUGGCAACUGACCUCGUGUGUACAGGAUAGGCUCCAGGUCUGGAUACUUGGUGCCAAACAAAUCGCUGUAAAACCUGCUUGAAGCCAAAUAGGAGAUGGUGCCAAAACCUUUUGCUAAUCUGUCAGGAAGAUCAACAGCUGUGGGGCAAAGGAGGCUUUGCAAAAGGAACGGUGGGGAUUUUUAAAUUUGCCCUUCAGGCUUGCAAAAUUCAGACAACAGUAAUGUGAUUCACGGACAGUUAACAGCCAGUUUCCCAGAUGACAGCUUGAGACUUCAUCGUUCUCUUUCUUUUUUUAAAGCCAACUGCUACAAGGUGAAAUGGCAAAGGGUGUUUGUCAAAUACACUUUUAUCUCAUGUAGAGCAACACUAGGUGAAUUUCCUUGCACAAGACGCAACAGGAUAUUUUUCCCUUGUUGCGUUUUGGUCUCUUAACACUAAAAUCUAGGUUGCACACUGAAAUUGCAGCAUUCCAGGCGGGGGGGGGGGGGGGGUGCUGCCGCCGCCGGGUAUCAUGGGACACUACAGAAGCAGGCAGGCAUGAGCCACGUUUUCAAAGGGGAUUCCUGGGGGCUUUUGCACAUCCAAGCAACUUGCAUGUGGAUGUGUUUUAAAACGGUGAUACCAGCAAGUCGGAGAACUUGGCUGUUUGGUUGAUGAAGAGGAGGGUGUGGAGCAGGUGCUGCUUUGUAGAAUCACCAACAUUCCUGAUAUGUGUUCUAAGGUCUUUUGGGGGGUGGGGGGGAGGUGAUAAGGGAAGGGGCUUCCUGCAGAGGCUUUGCAUUGAUUGUUUUUCUGCCAAAAGAGACACUCGUUCUGUUUUGCAAGAGAAGUUCCGUUCUCGUCACGUGCCAUGACUUCUUCUCAAUGCCACUUGCCUGGAGUACCUUAGGGCACAGGUCCCUCCUUUCACUUUUGUCUGCACAGCGUCCACUGCAGGCAUUGGACCUGUUGCCAGGAACUGAGGAGCAAGCUGCUCAGACCUGCUGCUUGGAGUGACUGUGGUGUGGGCCCGUGGCCCUGAACUGGGCUCGGUGUGUUGAAUCGGUCUUACUUGUUGGACGAGCCACUGGCCCCUGGUGGAGAAGGAAAUUCUCCUAGUUCUGAGUCACUGCCACUGGAAGCGAAGCAGCCUUGAAGGGCAACAGGGAGAAGAUGAUAAUUUAGUGAGCACAUCCCGGCAAAUAAUCCUCGGUCCACAAAGCUGCCUUGUUAGCUUCUCCAGCGUGCACCUGCUCUGCCACUUGCUUGCAGCGAAUGUACCAAAUCCACCUCGUCCAUCAUUCCCUGUGAUGAUAGGUGCCUGUUGAGGUUUGGGGAGUGCUGGAAGCAAAGACACAGUAUUUUUGCAAUUACGUGCACGUGUGGAGGAACUCGGAGUUGAGGUAAAGGAAGCUAUCCGUGGACCCAGUUGUGAUCACAGUGCACUUUAAGGAAAAAGAAAGCCCUGCUGAAGAAAUGGGAGCCCACUCUCCAAACCUUCACGUUCACCUUACUGUGCACAGGAAGAGGACUGCAAAUGCAUCAUUCCAUUUCCUUGCAGAACUUUGAAAUGACGCCAAUAUAGUGAGCAACCCCCCCCCCCUUUUUUUUGGACAUGUCUUCCCUUCCCUGAAAUGUAAUUCUUUGGUCUGUCAUUGCCUUCAGUUGUGUGUGUUUUUUCUCACACAGUUUUAUUAUUACUUUGAAAAUGUGCUCUAGUUUGGCGUGUGCGCUGGCCAUUACUUGUAUUGCGCUUCACAGAAACGAAGGUUGUUUUUGAGUCCAACAGAGGUUCAAGUCUGUAACUCUCAGUACUCUGUGUGUGUGUGUGUGUGUGUGUGUGCGUGCGUGCGUGCGUGUUUUUUUUUAAGCGUUAUGGUUUGUGCCAAUACCCCCUCCUUCCUUUCUUUAGAACCAGAGACUCUUUUACAAGUGCCAGUGUGGUGGAAAUUUUAUUUGGUUAUACUUGUAUAUUAUAAGAGAUCCUGAUUUAAAAGAGAAAAAACAUUUAAACAAUUAUCCUAUUUAAAGAAAGAAGGAAAAGUACUAUAUAAAAAUGCUGUUUUUAAACCUUUUUGUCAUUUUGAAACUGCAUGUGGUGUUCUGCGUGUGGGUGGGGGGGCGGGGGGGGUUCUGAAGGGUGUGGCUGGGGAUCGAGCUUCGCCCAUCUGCCUGUCUCUCUCUCUCUCCAGUCCGUGAGGCAGAAAUGGGGGUUCUUGGGAUGCCGCAGUUCUCUCGUCUGCUGGGUGCUGACCCUCAUUGUUAGAAGUACCUGAUGGAAAUUGAUUUUCAUAUCUUUCUCCUGAAAUAAAUUGUUUGAAAUUGGAAUAAAAUUUGUUC